AUGCGCUCUUCAAUCAUCGUCCUCUUCACCGCGAUGGUCGGUCUCGUCGUCGCGGCCGGCGGAGACAGGUAAGACCCAAGUUGCCUCAGCCCCUGCGUGCGAUCGGGCGAUCACGACUGCGGCCUAGGCCGAAAUCGAUCCCGCACUGCAUCCUUGAUGAUGAGUUGAAAUUGCUAAGCUGUUCUAUUUCUAUCGAACCGAACAGUCAUCACCCCCCUGGUCAAAGCCAUACUAACGGGAAGAAGAAAGAUCCCCAGGCUUUGAAGCAAUGCAAGUACGUCAAUUCUCAAACAAUUGAACAAUCUUUCUCGGUCCGGCUUAGCUAUUUGCGCUCGAUCGGCCGGGCUAAUAUCUUCCUCUUCAAUGCAUUGGCUAGGAAAUGCAAGAAAGACUGCAAGGAGGAGUAGGUCACGGUCAAUUGGAGCAGUCCUCGCGCCGCCUCUCCGAACACGCUCGGAAACACGCUGAUCAGCUUCGAGCCUUCACGCGCAGUAAGCUUGCGUGCAGGCAAUGCCCCUUCUACUGCGACCCCCCCCCCGUGGAGACGUUUCGCGCACUGUGACCCAAUACCGCAACAACCAUGAGACGGCACUGCAGUGACCGCUGGUCUCUCUGUCUCAACAAUGCUCGUCCCAAGUUCGCUUUCAACAGGCGCUCUUUCCGCCAUUCCGAUCGCUUCUUUAAAUUUCCGUGGGCCUCGCUGGGUAGCUCUCUUCUUUCUUCUCUCUCCGUCGUUCGUUUUUCUUUCUUUCAGCAAAUCCUCAUCAGUUUUUCAGCAACUUUAGUGCCCCGGUCAUCCGCAUCGGUCCUCACAGUCACGAGCGAGAAACGGUCCAGCUGCCGGAGCUGAGCAAGUAA